AUGAAGUUCUCCAAGAUCCUCUCCAUCGUUCUAGCUACCCUUGCCGUGGGUCUCAGAGCCCAUCCCACUACCCCUUUCAACGAUAUCCAGCACGUCCCUCAGGACAUCAGCAGUGGCACACUUGACUCUGCUUCCGACAUCGAAAGGCGCGCAAACCACGAUGAAACCGACCGCUUCAAGAAAACCCAGAAGGGUCUGGGCAAGCAGAAACUUCAGCUGGGCAAAUCCUACUCCUUCAAGGUCACCUGGACCAGCGGCGCGGCCGGUUCAACGACUAAGACUACAUAUCCCAUCCAGAGAGAAAUGAAAAAGACUCAACAGGAAUAUGGAUUUGAUCAUACUGCUAUUGUUGUCGGCGAGGUUGUGAAGAUCAAACAGGGAGAGGUUUUCAAGUUGGACUUUAAGGGUCGAAUGUACCACUUGCGUGCUGAUCUGGAGGGUAGCGGUCAAAGGGCAUGGUACAGAACCUCGGUGGAGGGCGUUGAGUGGGAGCCCAAGGAUCCCAAGGAUUCCAAGGGUUCCCCGAAGACAAUGAAGUAUUUGCACUUAAAGGAGGUCGACGGAAAGUGGUCAGAAAAGGCUGCUCACGCUAAUACGGCCGCUACCAAGGUUAGCGAUAAUAACGGCAACAAAUGGCAGGGCAAACGGAACGACUGUGAAGAAUAUGUCAAGGCUUUUGAGAAAGCGUUGUAG